CCACCAGUCAGCCUCCAGUGAGCCAGCCAACCUCUCUCUCUCCCUCUCGCUCGCUCUCUCGCGUGCACGUAGAGGCGCGCGCGCGCGCGCGCGUAGCCGCGUCCUCUCCACCUAUACGAUACUGUGCGCGCACACACACACACACACACAACACACACGCAUAGGCACACGCACACACGUACGUAUGUACGUACAUAUAGAGUUGGCACGCGCGCACAGGCACCACAUAUACACACAGAGCCGGAGUGCGGAGAAUUCACGGACACGCGGUGUGUUCGAACGGGUCGUCGGUGUGGAGAGCGAGUUACACGCGCACAUGCACACCAGUCGGUCUCGUUCUUUCUCGCUUCAUCCCUCUCCCCGAACUUUCUUCGUCGCACGCCCGCCUCGAUCCUGCGAGGAGAGUCUCUAUCCAACGAACGACACGAGAGGGAGUCCGAGUUCCUGGCUCGUCCCUCGCGGCUGCAGUGCGUUCCCAAACAUCCACGAGACAACCUCGAGGUGUCCGCACGUACGCACGCACGCACCACGCAUCGGCCGUUCAAGGACCACGAGGAGAGAGAAAGAGGAUCGUGAAGCUUGAUCCUGAAGCUAGCUAGAAUACGAAUACUGUCGGAUACGCGACGCACGCGACCACGCACGGUGCUGCACGUUCGUCGCUGGCUUUUAUCCGUUGUUGACCUUUAGCCGAGGAGCUUUCGAAUGCCGUGAUCGACAAUCCCAGAGCUCGUCGCUCUUCUCUCUAUCGUCGAACAGCAGGAGAAGAUAGUUUUUUUUUCCCUCCCUCUCUUCGUCGUCUCUCCGACAGGCAAGUGUUGUCGCUUGAUCGUUUCACCAUCGGGCGCGUAACUCCGCGUUUUCCACCGGGCCGUAGCUUGGAACUCGGUCGGAGUCGAGCGAGCUCGAGUUUCCCGCGCGUGUUUCGCCGCGUGUGUGACUCUCCGAGAGGGAAAGCCGCCCCGAGGAUCUCGUGCGUGCGACGGUGCACCUCGUGACGGACCAAGCGGAAACAGAGAAGCGGCGACAAGUGGAAGCAGAGAGAGAGAGAGAGAGAGAGGGAGAGAGAGAGAGAGAAAGACGAAAGCGAACAAAUUCGAAGAUUACCUCGCUCUUCUUCUUCUUCUUCUUCUUCUUCAUCGAGGGGUGUUCCGAAGGUGAAACGCGAGACGGUUGAUCCCGACGAGAGGGGAGAGAACAAGUUUGCUCCGCGCGAUACGAGGCGAGAGAAUUUUCUCGUGUUCGAGCUCGGUAACGAUCGGCGAUCGUCGAGCGGCGUUUCUCAUGGGAAAUGAAUCGAAGGAUGACGCGUGGCGGACGUCGUCAAGCUCGAUGGAGGAGCUAGCAGCGUGACGAGGGAGGCGGUGAUCUUCGCUCUGCUGGUGGAGAUUUCGCGAAAAUACACGGAGGGACGUCUGCUCGGUGGCUGGAAGCUGGAAGUGUCGACGAACGAAGGGGGAAUACAGUCGAGCGAACUUUUGCCGUGGUGUGUCGGGAGAACUUUGCUCGCUGGGUGAUCAGCUGACGUCGAGAGAAAGAGAGAGAGAGAGAGUGAGAGAGAGAGAGAGACCCCCCGAUCGCGAGUUCGAGGACACCGGUGUGCGCGAAUGAAUCCUGUUGAUCCUGGCGUGUGUGAAAGGGCAGAGGGUUAAAGGACGGGCGGGAGAGUGAAGGGUUCAGGGACGUGUCUCCUGCGUGUCGACGAAUACCGAGCGUGUAAAUAGAUGUACAGAUGAGUCGAGGACGUCGACACUGAUCGAGGGAUCGAGUCCUACGAUCCGCGAGUUCUCCGAUUCUCCAAUUCCUUUCGCGAACUCUCGCUCUCGCUCGUUCCACGUUCUCCGGGUCCUCCUCCUUCCCAUUCUCCUCUUCCAACGAUCUACGUGCUAGGAUUGUAACGAUAAGGAUAGAAUAAAACGCAGGAUAAGUCCGUUACGCUAUACGAUUCAAGGACCAGCCUCCAUUCAACGACGUUCGUAAUAAGCAGAUCGAGCCUAGCAGUUCUAGAGAAUCUCCGAACAAGUAGAAACGCGUCUACGUGUGUAAGUGUGUAUGCAUAGAACCUAUACGGAUUUAAAUCGUCGCGAUUCCGCGAUCACGUCGCCGCGCGUGCCUGUGCGUGCGUAGAGUUCAAACAAAGUUUGUAAUCUCCGUUUGUCCGUCUGUUACUUUCUUUCUCAUUUCGUCUUUUCUCUUUCGUUUUUUCUCGUGCCCGCGCGGUGGGCAGCGUUCGAUUUUCUGUGUUUUCGUUCCGGUUAACUGAACAGGACGAACAGUAAAUUUACGAGUUUUAAUCGUAAACAAUUCGCUGAAGUCGCAAGUCGGAGCAGUACGGGUAUAAUAUAUCCAGCGCUUAGCCUUUUUAGCCGUGGCGCGGUAAUUAAUUAGCUUGAGGGCGAGUCGUUCGGACUCGGGAGUAAGCAAACGUACGAGCCGAGCGUACGGUGUACAGCGGAUGCUGCGGGGUGGAGGGAAAAGCUCGGGCAUCGUGUCACGCUACACGAUCGUCACUAUCGUCCUCGGUGUCAAUUUUCCUCUCGUCGACAGCUCGAUAGCACGGAGAUUCGACGAAUCGUCGUUCGUUUUUUUUUUUUUUUCGCGAAUCGUCGUCGAGCCGAUCCGUGUCGCGCCGAUCGGAGGCCGUUGUUCGCUUAAUUCGAAGGUCUGAGCGGGUCGAAUCGGUUUAAUCUAAGAGGAAGAUAGAAAAAAAAAAAAAAAAAAGAAAAGAGGGACCAAUUUUUCACGCCCAUUCUCAAUCUCUCUGUUUCUUCCUUCUUUUCCAUCUCGGCUGCCUUUCUCUUUCCAUCAUCUCUCUCUCUCUCUCUCUCUCUCUCUCUCUUAUUUUCUCUUUCUCCUGUCUCUAGCUGUCUCCUUCUUUUCUCCUAUCCGCCUUUAUCUCCUUAAUCCAGCCAGCCAACGAACUAUCCAUAAAUCUCUCUGUACGCUCUUUCCGUAUUAAGUCCGUCAUCGUGAGACCGACCGGAAUACCGGGAAUACGAAGAGGGAGUCGCAACUCACGCAAGCAAUAAAUCAACGGCCGACCUACCACCGCGACAACGGCCAACAGGAAGGUGAGAGAUCGACCAAAGGGAAUAAGGGAAGCGUAGCGGCCGAUCGUCAACAAGGCUGAACAGGCCACACGCCCGUUGUCCGUUUAAUGACGAUGACAUCAUCCUGAAACGGGCAUGACGCCCCUGGCCUCGAGAUGCGACGAGACCACUACCAUCCUGCUGCUGCUGCUACUCGAGCUUGCACCCGGUGCACGCUGCUACUCGCGCGCGGCCACCACGUCCGCCUCGACUUUGUCGAGAUAGCAUCAACAGUCGACGGCGAGGGUGCGAGUGAUGCCGCUCUUCGGCAGCAUUAUGACCAUCGACGUCGCCGGUAGUCCGACUACGGCGUCCACCAGCGUCUUCGACGAGAACAUGACGUGGUCUCGACCAACCGGUGGCUCUGCGUCUUCCACUAACGAGGCCCGCUCGAUUGACAGUGCGACGACGACUCUCAGCAACGACGACGACGAGCAGCAACUGCGCCGGCUGAUUGCCGCAGCGACCGCGACCACGACCACGACCACCCGCGACGAUCGUUCACGAACCGCCCAAAUCGCCGACCAAGAAGAACUCGACCAACAAGGACCAAACAGCGUCGAACAACAGCGAACCACCUCUAACGAAAUUGAACGCGACGCGAACGACACGAACGUUCGACAGGUGGAAACGAUCGGUAGGACCGGUGACGGCUGUGCCUGCGAUAGAUUCGGUGCCGGGGACAUUGUGUCCGAGGUGGGCAGACUGCCGUUCUUCGUCGGCGAACCUUCGUCGUUCGACGAAGCGGAGCUCGCCAAUACCAGCGAGGUGAACACCACCUCCGUCGGCUUCGACGGUACCAGCACCGGCCUCGACGUCACCACCACCGAUCGCGAAGACGUGGAAGGACUCAGAGAGCUGGAACUGCUGUUCGGCCUGGGCGGUAUAAUGGAGGAUCUCGGUGGAUCGUUCAACGACUCUUUCAACGAGAGUUUCCUGUUCCCGUGCAACGGCACCCGCUGCAACGAAACGUCGUACAUCGUGUUCGGGGAGAGCCUGUACCCGUCCGGGUACACGCUGCCGCACAUUAUUCUGGCGUCCGUCCUGGCGACACUGUUGAUGAUCGUGAUCGUCGUGGGUAACAUGCUGGUGAUCAUCGCCAUCGCCACGGAGAAGGCGCUGAAGAACAUACAGAACUGGUUCAUCGCUAGCCUGGCCGUGGCCGAUUUCUUUCUGGGCCUGGUGAUCAUGCCUUUCUCGCUGGCCAACGAGAUCAUGGGCUACUGGAUAUUCGGCUACUGGUGGUGCGACAUUUACUCGGCGAUGGACGUGUUGCUGUGCACCGCCAGUAUCAUGAACUUGUGCCUGAUAAGCUUGGACAGGUUCUGGAGCAUCACGCAGGCGGUGGAUUAUUUGAAGAAGAGAACACCGGCCAGGGCGGCGCUGAUGAUCACGCUCGUCUGGCUUCUCUCCGCUCUCGUUUGCAUCCCACCCCUGUUGGGGUGGAAGAGACCGACGCCCGCCGAGCAAUAUCCCAAGUGCAAGCUUUCGGAGGAUAUCGGCUACGUACUUUACUCCGCGCUCGGCAGCUUCUACAUCCCGUCAUGCAUCAUGGUGUUUGUGUACAUACGUAUAUACUUCGCGGCGAAGGCCCGUGCGCGCCGCGGCAUCCGGAAGCAGCCACGUCCGCGCGCAGUGGUGCCACCCGAGUCGCCGGAUGUCAGGCAGACCAGCUUCACGCAAAGCACGCCGGCCACCGAAUCGAAAAAGCCGCCCGGUUCCGCGAUGGAGAACGUCGCCACCAUCGAGAACCAGCCCGUGCAAAUCCCCAUUGUCACCUGCGACUUUGCCAGCGACGUUAGCACGUCCGAAGCGGAUCCUGGCGGGGGUAGCAGCAUCCCCAUGGAGGAGAAGGACACGCUGAAGGUAACGGUCCCAGUCCCGGUGCAAAAGAGCAGCCUGAAGGCAACGCUGUCAGUAAACGGCGACGGCCAAUCGAGCGUGCCGUCGCGAGGCAGGGCGCCCAGCGUCGGCAUCGACGUCGACAUGGUGUCAGAGUUCGACCCGUCGUCGUCGGACAGUGGCGUUGUAUCCAGGUGUGCGGUGGUGAAGCCUCUGAAGAUCCGACUCUGCCAGCCGAUCUUCGGCCGUAAGAAUCUCGGUAAGUUCAGAAGAGAGCACGGGGACGGAGGUCGUACGUCCGGCAAGGACGAGGCUGGCGUCGAGGGGAAGUCGUCGAAACCACGGGACCCGGAGAGAGAGAAGAGGAGACUGGCGAGAAAGAAGGAGAAACGAGCCACGCUGAUACUCGGUUUCAUCAUGGGCAGCUUCAUCGCCUGCUGGCUGCCGUUCUUCGUCCUCUAUAUCGCGAAACCUCUGUUCCCGCGCGUUGAAAUACCUGGGCAGGCGUUCGUCAUUGUGUUCUGGCUCGGCUACAUGAACUCAGCGCUGAACCCAUUCAUCUACACCAUCUUCAACAAGGACUUCCGCCGCGCGUUCCGCAGGAUACUGUUCAAAUAAUCCCGCCGUUCCUGGACGAACGUUCCCGAACGUGAUCCAGGCAACGCGAAUAAAAAUUCCCCUCGAUCGGCGGAUCAAUCGCCGCUGCGAGCUGGAACGACGAUAGAGGAGGGAUCGGGCAACGUCUCCGAGCGAACAAGUUGAGAGAACGUCACGGCGUUCGAGGCGCGUUUGCACCAGAGGCGAGAGCCUUGGGAAAUUCCGGCCAGACUGUAAAAACUCUCGCGGGAUAGAAACUCAUUGGAACUCGGGUCAGCCGGAAUUGUCGUUAGACACGUUAUCCUCGCACGGUGUUCGUGUCUAACGCGGCCUCGGAGAGUUCUCUCGCGCACGCAGCUGCGCGACGUUCCGAUAACCAGUUCUUGCGAAGAAAUCGCAAGGAAGCUGAGGAAAUUCUGACAGCCCGUUUGCCGGUGACGACCAUGAAUCCUCUGCGAGACUGUCGUGGACUACCGGCGUAUUUCAGCAACAGCUGCUGCUGCUGUUCCCUCGAUCGGAUACAACUUCCGACUGGUUGUCGAUUCAAUAUGACACCGAGUAGAAGACAGAUGGAACUUGGCGACAGCCAACCGCCACGAAUACGAGAACUGCGAGAGCCGCUGAUCGUGAUUUCAAACUAAUUGUAUCGAGGGGAGAGGUGUCACGCGGAAAGUGUCAGGGACGUUUCUUUUCCUAUACCCGACUCGAGAAGGGGCGAGUUUCGUUCGUCGUCGACAGUCGCGAGCUCUCUGUGUCCCACGUCCCUGAGAGAGUCGAACCUUUAUCAUCGAGACCACCUCGCCAUCGUUCUUCGUCGGAGGAAGAAAAUCGGACGAGGCUGAUUGUCCACGGUUGUUCUUCCUUCUCCGAGUUCCUUCGACAGACGGCGCGCCAUCAUCCCAAUUGUAAAUUAAAAGUCGCGACAAUCCACUUACUAUCGAUGUAAGUGAAUGUAGAUAUGUAUAGCAUACGUGUACGUGUACGUGGGCGUGUAUAAUAUGGCCGUCGCAGGAAGUUUCUGUUCUUCGAUAGCAUAGGUGACCAAGCGAGGCAUAUACGGUGUCUCGCGUUCGUUUCGCUUCGCUUCGAAAUUCACCUGCUGUUCGAUUGGAUUCGUUCGCUCGCGCGAAACCGGCUCGAAUAACCUCGACAAUUUCCGGGAAGCGCGGGAACUAUCGAGUAGAAAGUAUCUUCUGGGAAGGGAAAAUGGUGCCGUGUCGAGGAUUGCGAAAGGGAGUCGAAGGGAAUCGUACCCUGUUUCGUGCGUGGAACGAAAACUUUCGGAACGAGCUGCGUGCACGCGUCGCGGGUGUAAUGAUAAUGCAUAAUGGUCUUAUGAUGUUAUACACGCACACCGGGACACGAUCUCGAAACGAGCACGAGUUCACGAGAGACGGUGAUCGGAACGAUCGUCACGUCGGACGAAUGAAACUACGAAGAAAAGUAAUACCGAAACGAAAGAGGCAUGUUUCCUAUCAAAUAGGUACGCACCGUUUUAUCCAUAGGACCGAUAACGCGGCUACGGUUUAAUCGUGUAAUCGUUUAAUCACGACAGUUUUUUCGAAUUCUAUCGACUUAAAUACGUGGUAAGGAUGAUGAAAACGUAACGAUACGUAUUAUUAUUAAAAGAAAAAAAACAAAAAAAAAAAAAAAACAAAAAUAAUAAAAAAAUAAAGUAGGAGUUUCUCCAGUUUGGAAAUCAAACGAGAGAACAGAGAAGAGAGAGAAGAAACACGGGGAUGAAACGGGAAAGACUUUUCGAGAUGAUCGCUUUGCACGGCGUGAAAGGUCGGUCGAAAUGAAAUUAAAAAUUUCUGCACGAGAGCAGGGAUGAGGGGUAGGGUUUGCAACGUUUGCAACGCUGAGUUUUCAAUUUGCCCGGCUUGAAAUAUAAAAUCUGAUUGCGACUCCGCACUGGCGAAACCGUGUUUAAAGAUGAACGCGCAGCUAUAUUUGUUUAUUGGCGCGGCGCGAAGCCGACACAGAGGAACGCUGUGCGGUUUCAAUUAUUACGCGGCAUUACGCAAUGUUUGCGCGCCAGGGUGCCAAUUCGCGAUCGGCCGCUUUAUAUUUAACACCUGCUGGCCUCACCAAGGCACCGAGUCCACCCUCGAAAUCGAUCAAACCGGCUUGGAACCCGCCACCCCCUUUUAUUCGAGCGCGCAGCCAGUUUUACUUAAUCGAUUACCCUCGCCACGCGACCCCGUGGCGCGACAAUUUUCCAUCCAGUCCUUGUUUUCGAUCGAUCAGAUUUACCGGGCAAUUUUUAUCGGUAAAUAUAAUCUCGUUCAGCAAGUAUUGGAAUUUUCGUGAAAAUGAAACAUGAUAUUUAGUUACUAUUAAUUAUAAAUUGUCAUUUGUUUAUCCUGUUAUUUGAGAUAAACUUUCCCUGUUGAAACAAUUUUUAUUCAAACUUUAAAAUUUCUUUGCCCCAUGAGAAAAGUUAAUUGAUUAAUUGACAUUACGAAUAUACGCGAAAAUGUGUAUUAUUCUGAUAGUUUUUACAGAGAAGAUAUGUAACGCAAUAAAAUUUUCGUAUCGUUGCAUAUAAGUAAGCAUCCUGAUGUAUACGUACAAGUCUGUUUUUGAUUUUAAAAAUCGCAAGUGGCCACGGAGAAUGUUACGUGAAAUACGUGCACGGUUGGCACGUCUAUCCCCUAACGGCGAUUCGAAACAAAUCAAAGAGCGUCAAAAGCGUUGCUCGUAAAUCGAAAGCGGUCCAGCCAUCGGAACAAAUUUCGGGAAACAAUUUCCACCGGUACUUUUUCACCGACGCGUUCAAUCUGAUCACUCUCUGUUUCGCAGAUUAAAGAUUAUUCUCGCAGCCUGACCGCGACAAGUUUGAAUAUAAAAAAAUCUACUUUCGGGAUCUGUUUGUACCAGAACCUGACGGAUCGAAAUCCGCCUAUUUUUCAAUCGAGGACUAGGAGUCAAGAGCCAUCGUACGUUUCGCGUGGCCAAAUCUCUUUGCUUUCGCGCAACUUUCGGGAUAUUUCGUUCUCAUUCAGCGACGGAGAGCAUGUUUUUUUUUUUCGGAAAACGGUCGCCGUCCGAAUCGCAAGCGCAGCAUCGACAUUAUCGAUAGACACCGGAGACUAUCAGAGUCAUCGAAAUCAUAGGUUCUCAAGUUUUCACAGACUACAACUUUUGCAGAACUUUUCGAACGAUUUGACUCGCGAAACGUACGGAUGAAAGCUCACGGUUAUUUGUUUGUUUGUUUCAAUUCCUUUGACGUUUCGAGUUUGAUACUUUGAUUGUCAAUUUUUCACCAGAGAUACCGUUCUCGCACGGCUUCCGUUUCGACCUUUUUUUCUUUCUUUUUUUCCGACGCGAGUUUCAUAUUUUUUGCCGUUCCGCGAACCAACGAUUUCCAACAAAAAUUCAUGGAAAAAGAACAGCCGCAGAAACGAAACGUUCCCUGCAUAACAUUUAUCCGCGGCACGCGAAAUUCGAAACUAAUUUACGAAUUAGCCGCAGCCCCUUUACAGCCCCGCGUGUGUCACACGUGCACGCAUCUACGUGACACGCAACGCGUUACAACGAUAAAUCAAUAAAGCGUACGUGGUACGUAACACACGCGCGCGUUGCCUCUGUCCCUCUCCGACCAGGCUCGACGCGUUACAACGACAAACUGGGGCAAAGUGUCGAGACAGUACACGAACGAGAGGGUUCCUCGAGUGUGCAGAACCAAUAAGAGACGUGCUGAUAAGAUUGCGACGUACGCGGGACGGAUUAUUAGCAUAGCCGAGAUCGAUAGACCGUGCACACGCGACUACACACUGCUUCUUCUUCUUUCUCCAGCUGGAUUUUUGCUUGCGAAAAGUGGAGAUCGAUGUUUUCGAUAGAUCGAUUGUGCAUCAAACUGUCGUACCUCGAUGAUUGUCAGGAUUCGAUCAAAAGAUGCAAACGGUCGACUAUCGAGCGGAAUUUGGGCGGAAAAACGAGCAAGACUCGUCCACUCGUGGAAAUUGAUUUUAACUGACGCGGUUACUUUUGUUGCGUUUCGCGUGAUAGUAGCGGUUCAUACACGCCGAAAUUAAGAGAAAUACCAAAGAUGCGUUUUCCUCUUGGUAUUUGUUUUCUCCAUUCGAUAUUUGUUUCCCCGCCGCGGUUUUUCAACCCUUCACGUGUUAAUCCCUACGAUCGUAAACCCGUCGCAGAGUAUCGCAGCGCUUUAUUAUAUGUACUUUGUGACGCGAAGUCCUGCGCAGGUUAGACGGCCGACUGUAUCCUUGGAAAUUUAUCGCGCGCGAAAUAAAAGCGAGAACGAGUGACGAUCUCGCGAGAUAUUAUGUUCUUGAAACGGAGCGCGUAAACGGAAGCCGUAACGGAGAUGGUAUACACGUAACCGAGUGGAAUUUACGUUCGAAACCGCGAGGCCGGAUACAAUAUUUCAAACGAUCAAGCGCCGAUACACGACUCCCCGUUGCUUUCUUUUCACCAACCCCACCCCUCUCGAGCGAGAUACGUUUCGUCAUCGUCGACGUCCCUUUUUUUCAUUUCGUCCGUCUCUUUUUCACGAUCUAUUGAUCUCGCGCCACGUUUACCGACCACGAUCCGAUCGGCGGGGGAAUCGUCGAGCGGUCGCGGAGAGACGCGGAGCAAUUUCGAGAGCUCGUCCCUUUUUCUCUUCUCCUUCUCUCCCCGUCGCUACUCCGACACCCCUUGCUCUAUGCGAUCUCGCGUUACGGAGAAUUCCUCGUGUGAACCACCCUGCCGUGUUUCCUCCCGAAACAGCCAGAGGCCGAUCGAGGAUAAUCGAAGCGGCGAAGGGUCGAAAUAAUAUAUACACGCAGCAAUAGGAAGGAACAAACGAAAAAAAAAAAAAGAUCGUCGAACAUUUCUCAUCGUUGUUAGCUUCAGACUUUUAAUUAGAAUCGAUAUUUAAGGUGUACGCGAAGUUCAGACAGCGAGACUUGAUGUGAUGUUUUCCUGUGUAAAUCGAGUAAGCUCGUGUGAUAGUAGGAUUGAGAUUCUCGGUCGAGAAGCUGAGUAAUAAAGUUUAAGACGAGGCUAAUUGUAAGUCGAGAGGGGAGAGAGAGAGAGAGAGAGGGAGAGAGGGAGAGAGAGAGAGACAGGAAGAAAAGAAAAAGGAAGUACCGUGAAUCCGUAAAAUGCAACGUACUAGGUAAAUUACGACAACGUACUGUCGUUUUCCAUUAAAAUACUGUUUAACGAAACUACGUGUACGCGGCUCGAUCUCGCCUUAGGCGGGCGACCGAACAUUUUUUGCAAUCCAAAUUUUUCGAUGAAUCUCUCUGUGUGUCAGUACUUAGUUUACCUUACCAUACGUACACACGAUGUUAACGUAAGCGGAUAUAACGUAAGAGGACUUUACCAAAGAAAUGACCUGAAUCGCGCGAAGAGCGAAUACGACGAAGAACGAUUUCGAUGGACUGAUGUAAAAGAAAAAUAAAUAAAAAAGAAAGAGAGAAAGAAGAAACGAGGUGAAGGAUAUUUAUUUAAGGGAAAAAAGAAAAAAAAAGCAAGGAAAACUAUCAUUCUAAUUAAAUAUUACGCUCGUACCGUCUCUGAACCUAAGCGACACGCGACACGUUGUCACGAGAUUAAAAUAAUUAAAAUUAACGAAGACACGAUACUUUGUAUUUAUACACGUUGUACACAGAUAUGUAUAUUGUUACUAAUAUUAUUCUUAUUAUAUUAUUAACAGAUUACCAUUAUUCUUAUUAUCGUUCUCAUUAUCGUUCUCGAUUCUUAUUACCAUCGGCCAUCAUGUUCUUACGCAUCGAGCAAUCCAGCGUCGCCGCAGAGAUCCAACAGAUCGACCAUUAAUUAUCGUUUCUACCCGUCGAGCGGCAGCACAACUACCCCUUUGUUCGGCCGAGAUUCCGCAGUGGAGAUCGUUCGUUACGUCCAUGACGCCGAUAACACCGAUCUAACGAUCUAUUUACUUGAUUCCAAUCAAACUUUCCCCCCAAAAUAUCUCUCUUUCGGUCCAUUCGAGUCGACGACACGGCGGCGAAAAGAGAGAGAGAGAGAGAGAGAGAGAGAGAGAGAGAGAGAGAGAGAGAGAGCCGCCCGAGCCGAGCCAAGCCAAGCCAAGCAGAGCCGAGCCGAGCGAGCGAACGGCGAGCUGCAUCCAGUAAAUUUACACAGUCAUAACCAGACACUUUUAUCGUUUCGAUUCAUCUUGCGGGAACGCAAACUUCGAAGAUUCGUUCUCGUUCGUUGGAGAAGCAGGAGGCACCGGUAUAUUUCACUCCGAGAAUCGCCCACGACUAAAAACUUGGAUUAAUUAUCUCGGUAACCCAGUGUACGAGUUACUCGUCCCGUUUCUCCAACUUUCGUCAACUAGUAAGUAAAAUUCGCCGUCGGGUAAUACACCUCGUUAAUAACGCCGUUGGUACCGAGAAUUCCUGCACAGCUGAACGCAGUCAAUUGAAAUUCCAGCGCGUUUCGAUGUAACGAUAACUGCACACCUUUUCAAACACGUGCACACAUACGUACGUACGCGCAGAGUCGGGUUCAUAAUUAAUUCAAGCAUCCUCCAUUUCCGUGCCCCCUUUUAAGACCCGCGUCCUCUAUUUGCCGGUUCAAUUACCGUAUCGCGAUGCCGAAACGCGAACGCUCGGUAUUGCCGACCGCUCAAAAACAAUUUUCGAUUUAAUCCUGAAAGCGAUACGUUUGCAUCGCGUGUAUAUCUUUCUUGAAAUGUACGCGGCGCAGGCCGGUCGCCGAUUCGUUUAUCCGCUGAUAUAUCCAACGGAUCAUGCCUCGUCUAUCGUGUAUCGGCACGCGAUACAUACCGAGAACAAUCGAACAGUUUUGUUCCUCCUUUUCCAUUCGCGAUUUUCGUUCGCACGGCAACGGAAUAAUCUUCAACGAUCUCGCGCGACGACGCCGCGAAACGAUCUCUAUCGAUAAUAUUGGAGCAAUGAAAAUCACUGUGAUAUCGCUAAAACGCUUUCAAGGUGUGCGUCUGGGUCGACAAUUAUCCCGCCGCGCUCGCCAGACUGAGCGUGAUUAAGUUUCCCGAUAAAUGAAAAGCGACGGAAAUAGGACUCAGAUCAGGGCUUCUCGAACUUCUCCACCUUGGCGACACCUUUUACCCGAGCAAAUAUUUUCGCGACCCUGGUGUAUACACAGAUGUGUAUAUAAACUAGGAAUACGAGUUAGAACGUUUGCUAAUGACAAAGGAAAUUUACCCGAAAGAAAUUCUUUGGUAUACAUGUGAAUAUAAUUUUACCAUGUAUUAAAAGACGAAUACUCGUGCUAAUUUUUUUUCAGUUUUGCCAAAAUUUCUGCGACCCACACUUUGAGAAGUCCUGGACUAGAUGAUAUUCGGUGGGAGGGGGUGGAGGGCUGAGAGCGAGAGAGAGAAAAGAGAAGGAAAAUAGAUGAUUUAUGGUAUCGAUUAAAUUAUCGGUGAAUUAUUGUAAAUCAUAUUAUAUAUUGUAUAUACGUAUACAUACUUAUACAUAAUAUAUAUAUAUAUAUACGAGUAUACAUAUAUAGGUGUGUAUUACGGAUGACUUAAUAUCAUUAAAGACUACGGUCGUCGUAUUACUAUCGAUUAUUGUUAGCCGACACUAUUAUCGAUGCAACAAGUUCUACAAUCUGAUAGCAUUGAUCGUCUGUCGCAGAGAGAGCGAGUGAACGAGCGAGCGAGCGAGAGAGAGAGAGAGAGAGAGAGAGAGAGAGAGAGAGAGAGAGAGAAAGUGCAGCCUACGCAGGAUCAAAACCGAACGCGAAACGUAUGUAUAAUACGGUAGCUGAACGAUACUGAGCUGUUUGCGAACGAUUGUUUUAGUGUACAUAGGACGAAUCGAGGGGCUUGGUCACCUUCGACUCGACUCGAUUCGAUUCGUGUCGAGUCGAGUCGAGUCGAUCGCUCUUCACUCAAGACGUGACCAAAAACAUGACUAUCGGUUCCAGCUCGUUUCGAGCUUUUCUUCGAACUACUAACGUUUCUAGGUAUAAGCGAACUAUGCGCGGUUCUCUUCGACUUUAUCAUCGAUCGUCGUAAAGAGAACAUACGAAAAGUUUCGGAGAGAGAGAGAGAGAGAGAGAGAGAGAGAUGUUUUAACUGUGUAUUCAAAAAGAAAAAAAAGAGACGUUGAAAAUUCUAUUCUAGAGACAAUAGCGAGAACGCGAUUAAACGAAACGCCGAUCAAAUCAGUGAUCGAGAUGACCGGAAGAAGGGCGAUCAUUGCGAGGUGAUAAACCGCGCGACGAUAUUGAAGUCGGUCGAAGGCACGCGGAAUGGCUGCGACACUCACGUAUGAAAUUUAACGAGAGGAUUCCCACCCCCAGUGGGAUUCACUGUGCAGCGUACGUUUCAUCGCCAGUUCGAGGCAAUCGAAAAACAAUUCCUCCCCCCCCCCCCCUGUCGCAGUGGUCGCUCUUCUUGGCCAGUGAUCAUCACGGAUACGUGACAACGCGGGCGGAAUCACCGCUUUUAUUCUACCGCGUGCCUCGAUCCGGAAAAUGAAACCGUGCAAAUCAACCGAAGGAAGAUUACGCCGCGUCAAAGAGGUAAUUAAUAAUUUGCCAAUCGGAGAUAAUGAAAUUUUAAACGGGAUUCCGCCGGUUGAUAUUUGUCGUAUUUCAUGACCGUUUCGAUCCGAUCCGUGUAUAAUGACAGCCUAGCGAAUCUAUACGUCGCGAUUUUCGGAUCGAGGAUUUCGCGCGUUGCUGGUCAGUAUACGAUCGAAAACUUGAAUUCGAUGGUUCGAUUUAAAUCUGAGAUUUUCAGAGCCCGCGAAGCACGUUGUCGCGGCCGUGAGAAAUAACCAUCACGCGUCGAUCGAUCACUGCGAAAAUGCUUGAACAAUCAGAAGAAUGGUAGUACCGAUCAUACCGCGGGACGAAUACACUUUCGUUCGCGGAUUUCUCGUCAUCCAUUCGAGCUUUCAGCUUGAACGCGAGGUCGUGUCGUUUCGGGUCGUUGUGCGAACAUGCGAAAUCCUCGUUCCAGAUUUAUUCUAAGCUACUACUGAUUCCCGUGGAACGGGGUACGAAACCAACGCCAACGAUCUCCUCCUCGUCGUCACACUGAAUGGGAAUGCACACGAACUCCAGAUUCCAAUGUAAGUGAAAAAUCUCCACAAUUACCUGUUAGUAGUCUACGUUAAGUAUCAUCGAUAACUCGAUAACUCGCCUAUGUGUCGACCAGGCGUGACUUUCGUUUAUUAUUUUUUAACUGUGUACGUCUGAUCGCGAGAGAGUGACUUGUCUCCGUAGUUGAAAGAUGCGACAACUUUCCGUCGCGAGCAUUAAUUGUUCUCGAUACUCGUUGUCUAGCGAAUUGUAACAUUCUCCGAACGGAACACACACUCGUCGACCCGUUCAUCUGACGCUCGCUGCGUUUUACCGCUAGGAACGCGACACACACACACACACACACACACACACACACCGGCUGCACCAAACAACCGAACGAGCGAUUCAACCAGAACGACUGAAUCGAAUUUUUGUACCGUUCUUUUUAUUCCGUCUCGUUUCUCUUUCAAAACGCGCGUGGAUUCUCGACGAUCGACGAUCCCGCGACCGUACGCAGCAAUAACGUCAGCCUACUUCGUAAAACCACAUCAAGAGAAAGAAAAAGAAGAAGAAAAAAAAGUCAGACCAAAAGCAUAUUCAGCCUGAAGAAGCGUGCACCGUGUCUGUAAGAAACGUAGCUUUGUCAUUCCUUCCGUUAAGACAGAGCUGGCUAACUGGCGGCUCGCGAGCCCCUACUUUGCCCCAACUUUCUUGAUCGCUAGCGCUAUUCCUUCCACUUGCUUAGAAAUCAACAGACUGAGAGAGUGGGAUUGAUGCACGGCAAAGAAAUUUCAAUGUAGUGAAGAGAUGCAAUGGAGGGGAUGAUCGCGUUAGCGAUCAGGAAAGUAGGGGCAAGAGCCCGCGGGCCGCUAGUUAGUCGUCUUUGCGGUUGAGAUGUCCCGUUUUCAUCACAGGCUCGCGUAAGAAUCCGUGACCUCGCGGUGUUGAAGUGUCACCGCUCGCGAGAAAUUCUCGAAGAAAUUUACGUUCCUAAUUAGAGUACAUUUCUCCUUCCACUUAAGGUUCCACGUUUCCAUACUUUUCGCGAAGCGAAACUCUCGAUCGAGCGUAAAUAAACACGGAUUCUUGCACACAAACACGCACGUACGAAGUGUACACUACGAGACAUCGGCAGAACACCGUAAACGCAGAAGUAAAAAGGGAAAAAAAACGAAACGAAACUACUUUUCGAAGUAAUGGUAAAAAAAAAUCAAGAAAGAAAGAGUGGAGAGAGAGAGAGAGAGUCUCGAUAGGCGCAGAAUUCGUUUUACGUCAAGUUUAAUCUAUAAAAGUCUUCCAUUCCUUCCUCAACGUGUAUUCGUCUAUGUAUUCGGCUGAUUGGUUAUGGACAUGGAGCGCACGACAAUGUAGCGUGAUGAUUCUCCGGGGGAAAAAAAAAAAAAAAAGGAGAGGCCGAGCACUGACGGAUCGUCGGUUCUCGACGCGCGUUCCUCUCGAGACGCGAAAGAUAUCGAUCGACUUCACCAUCGAACGCGCGGUAUAUCGAAAACGCGUGCCUCUCGACCCGACAAACGUUUACCAUCCUUAAUUUAACAAAUCACCGGGAACGCGGACGAAUUUCGGCCGGACGCGGUUUAACCGUGAUGCUCGCGCACGAAACGACGCCAACGACGCGCCGUGUAAACGCGUUAAUUACAUUUUCGGCGUUUAAAUGUUUUCGUCCGAUUGCACGAACGCGCGCGCACAUAGGCACAGAGAGACAGUGGAGCAAGAAGAAACAGAGACGGAGAGAAUAAUUCGUUGGACGAUCGAAAAUCUCGCUGCAUUACGAUUUA